AUGAUCAUCCAAUUCCUUCUUAUUUCCUUUCUUUUCAAUUUGGUUUGCUCACAAACUUCCACUCCAAGCAACAAAGAUGUAACUUGUUGGUGCGAAAAAACUCCAUACACAAGACAAUGCAUUCACCACCUCACAAUCAUCACCCGAGAAAGAGUUAGUCCGAUCAUUAUAAGAGAUAAUCGUGAAUUCCUUAGAGCGACCUUGAAUGCGAUCAUAGUCGAGUCUAAGAAAUUGCGGGAUAAUGCAAAAUUGUUUGAGUCAACUAGUAGUCGAAGCAAGGCUGCUUGGUCCGAAUGCUCAAAUCUCUACGACCUAACUCUAAUCCAACUUGAACAAACGUUAGACAACUCCAACAACCACACGGAUUUCGAUACACAAACAUGGCUUAGCGCGGCUUCCACAAAUAUCCACACUUGUCUAAGUGGUUUUUCUGAAUUGGGAUUCGAUAUUCAAGAAGAUCAAACCGACCACACCAAUUUAUCGAAAAACAUCACGGCUCUAAUAAGAAAUGCCUUGGCCAUUAACCGCGAUUGGUCAGAAAAAGCAAUCACCACCUCCAAUAAUGUUCCUAGACGAUAUUUUCUUAAUACCAAUGUCGACGAUUCUCAUAAUCCGCAUGUUGUGGUGGCCAAGGAUGGAAGUGGGAACUAUGGAACCGUCGUGGAGGCCAUCAAUGCAUUGGGAGGACAAACACCGAAUGGAAAGACAUAUGUUAUUCAUAUUAAAUCGGGAGUUUAUAAAGAGAAUAUUGUAAUCCCCGUUGGUCUCAAUAACAUCAUGAUGGUUGGCGAAGCCGUCUAUGGCUCAGGAUUUCAAGCACGCGGUAUCAGCUUCCUCAACACAGCCGGUCCCGAGGGUGGUCAAUCCGUGGCACUAGCUUCCCUAUCGGAUUGCUCCAUCUUCUACGGAUGCAGCUUCGAGGGAUACCAAGAUACCCUAUAUGCACAAUCCAAUAGACAAUUCUACCGCGAUUGUGUCAUAACAGGGACAGUAGAUUUCAUCUUUGGAAACGCAGCAGCCGUCUUUCAAAAAUGUAGCAUCUACACAAAUACACAAGAUGGAGUACAUACAAAUGUGAUAGCCGCACACGGCCGAGAGAGUCCACACGAGAACACGGGCUUUUCGUUCCAAAACUCGAAAGUAAUAGCCUCUUACGACACCUUCUUGGGACGGCCAUGGAAGCCUUAUGCUCGAACCGCGUACCUCGAAACCUAUCUCGGUGGCAAAAUCAAUCCGGCCGGGUGGUUAAUGUACCACGACGAAUCGGAUUGGAAUACUUUAUGCUAUAGAGAGUAUAAAAACUAUGGAACCGGAUCUUCGAUAAGGAAUAGAGUAAAUUGGAAUGGCUAUCGAGUUAUGAAUGAUGUCGAGGCCGAAGAAUAUAGCGUUGAAAAGCUUAUAGAUGGCUUGUCUUGGCUCCCCGAGUCCAACAUCCCAUUUAGCGUAGGGCUGUAA